AUGGAUCACUCGAGAGAUCCCUGUCCCUGGGUUGCCCUCAGCGAUUUCGGAGGUGCUUUCUGCAUGGGUGCGAUCGGUGGUGCAGUCUGGCACGGUGUGAAGGGUUUCAGAAACAGCCCCUACGGCGAGCGACGGAUAGGUGCCCUCACAGCCAUCAAGGCCCGAGCGCCCGUUCUCGGUGGUAACUUCGGUGUCUGGGGUGGCCUGUUCUCGACAUUCGAUUGUGCGAUCAAGGGGAUCCGGAAGAAGGAGGAUCCUUACAAUGCCAUCAUCGCUGGUUUCUUCACUGGUGGUUCUCUGGCUGUCCGUGGUGGUGUCAAGGCUGCCAGAAACUCUGCUAUCAUGUGCGCUGUCUUCCUUGCCGUCAUUGAAGGUGUCGGUAUUGGUUUCCAGAGAAUGAUGGCCGAUAACACAAAACUCGAGCUUCCUCCUCCUCCAUCCGGCGACAAGGCCCUCGCAUAA